AAGACAAGACCGUGACAGUUGUGCACCGGCCGCUGGCCCGCAGUGCUCGUCCCGUGCGAGCCGAUUUCGUGACAGGAUACUCGAAGCGUGACAGGAUAUUCCGCAGGAUCUCGAUGGGACGGUCGCUCGAGAACCGUUUCGAAAGCUCUGUCGAGUGUUGAGUGUACGGCGACCUUGGCAAUCAAUUCGAGGAAGUGGUCGCGAGCGAGCCUACGCUGGAGCUUCGAAUCUUAGAUGCACGAGGAUAAUAGCUGCGCGAGGACAGCGGUUCCGAAGACAUUCCGUUGAGGUUUCGACAUCCUGCAGGAUGUUCGGAGGACGGGAAGCGGUUCAGUGGUGCUCGCUGAUAAUUUUGAUAGCGAGCAAUCGCGUUGCCGACGCCGCCGACCGGCCGCACAUUGUUUUCAUUUUGGCGGACGAUCUGGGAUGGAACGACGUCGGGUUUCACGGUUCCGGGCAGAUACCAACGCCGAACAUCGACGCUUUAGCUUAUUCAGGCGUCAUCCUAGACCGGUAUUAUGUCAGCCCGAUCUGCACACCGUCGCGGAGCGCUAUAAUGACUGGGAAACAUCCUAUUCAUACCGGAAUGCAACAUGGGGUCCUGAAGUGCGCCGAGCCUAGGGGACUUCCGCUUCGCGAGAAGCUACUUCCGCAGUACUUGAAGGGACUCGGUUACAGCACCCACAUCGUCGGAAAAUGGCACCUGGGCUUCUACACGAAGGAGUUCACCCCAACUUACAGAGGGUUCGACUCUCACCUUGGCUUUUGGAGCGGUCAUCAGGACUACUACGACCACUCCGCGGUUGAAACUCCUUACUGGGGCCUGGACAUGAGACGAGGCAUGGACCCAGCUUGGGAUCUUCACGGGCAUUACUCGACGGACGUGUUCACCACGGAAGCUGAACAACUAAUCAACGCUCACAAUACAAGCCGGCCCAUGUUCCUCUAUCUUGCACACGCUGCAGUGCACUCUGGGAAUCCUUACAAUCCUCUGCCAGCACCCGAUCAAGAUGUCGCCAAGUUCUAUGAAAUCACUAAUUUCAGUCGAAGACGCUUUGCCGGUAUGCUAACGAAGCUGGACGAUUCGGUAGGCCGCGUGGUAGACGCGCUGCGCGCGAAGGGCAUGCUCCAAGACACUAUAAUCGUGUUCUCCACGGACAACGGCGGUGCUCCCGCCGGUUUCAACCUGAACGCAGCCUCGAAUUGGCCGCUCAGGGGUGGGAAAAACACCCUUUGGGAAGGUGGUGUGAGAGGAGUCGGCCUGGUAUGGUCAGCCAGGUGGUUGAACCAUCAUGGGGUGAUCAGCAGCUCGUACUUCCACGUCACCGAUUGGCUACCGACAUUGCUGUCCGCUGCCGGCGGCAAUCCGUCGGAUUUGCGAGACAUCGACGGCUAUAAUAUGUGGGAAUCUCUUAAAAAGAAUUCCAAGGGACCUAGAAAAGCUGUCUUGCACAACAUCGAUGACAUCUACGGCAAUGCUGGGAUCACUGUUGGGAAGUGGAAGCUGGUGAAAGGGACCACCUAUGGUGGGCAGUGGGAUGGGUGGUACGGUCCGUCAGGAAGAGACUUCGUUUACGACGUGGGAGGAGUGAUAGGCAGCACAGCGGCGAGAGCAAUAGCCAGCAUUGGCUUCACCUUGAAAGCGGAUAAGGUUCGCAGUCUUCAAUUAAAGGUGAAGAUCGAUUGUUUCCCAUCGAAUGAUACGACGUAUCGUUGCAAGCCCCUCGAGGGUCCCUGUCUCUUCGACAUUGAGGCGGAUCCAUGCGAGAUAAUUAAUGUGGCUAGCAAGAACCCUUCAAUUAUUAGUGCUAUACAAACUGAGCUGGCAGCAUUAAAUGCGACUGCCGUAGAACCUGGGAACCUGCCAUGGGACGACAAAGCGAAUCCCGAGCUCUGGGACCACGUUUGGGUCAAUUUUGGGGAUUAUUCGCAGAUUUCCGAGACCACGUCUGUCGGAGCCAUGUGAGACCACGUUUAUGGACAAUUCGCGACAGAUCGUAAUCAAAUUGUACGACACACUAAUAAAUAAAUUUCUGACAUACACAAA